AAGAUCGGAUGCAUUGCGAGCACCUGCCCGGUCGCGAGAAUUGUUUAUAAUCUCUGAGUCAGAGGCUGAUCCCAUCCUCAGCAACUUCAAGCUCCUCAAACCUCCUCCGGCUCCCAACAAUCCACAGCUAUGCGCCUCAGCUGGAUCGCCUCUGCCCUCGUGGCCUCGACCGCCGUCAUGGCCGCCCCGGCCGUCGAUGAGACCAGGAUCGCUGCUCGCGCCACAUCCGGUAUCAACGACUACAACUGCCAACCUCAGCCUGGCAAGAACCCCGUCAUCUUCCUCCACGGUCUCGGGGCCCCGUCGGGAAUCAACUGGUUCACAAAGGCCCCAAUCGUCGCUGCCAACGGCUACUGCGUCUUCACCCCGCAGUACGGGUCGGUGAACCAGAUCUGGUUCGGCUUCGCGUCGAUGCGCGACAGCUCCAAGGAGGUGGCCGGCAUUGUGCAAAAGGUCCUCCAGUCCACUGGUGCCAAGAAGGUCAACAUCGUCGGUCACUCGAUGGGCACGACUGUCGGCUCGUACUACAUCAAGUUUGAUGGCGGCAAGGACUUUGUCGAGCACUUUGUCGGCUUUGGCGCCAACUACAAGGGCACGUCGCUGUACGGCCUUGACUGGCUCGUCCACACUAUCCCAGGCGUCACUCCCGCCGUCCGGGCCGUCUGCAAGUCCUGCGUCGAGUUCCUCCCCCCCUCGGCGUUCCUCGAUGACCUCAACCGUGGAGGUGUCUCAGUCCCCGGUGUCGACUACACCACCAUCUCGUCCAAGCUUGACGAGUUUGUCCUUCCCUACACCAGCGGCCAGCUCACAGGCGAGCCCGGAGUUACCAACAUUGUCAUUCAGACGCAGUGUGGCUGGAUUCCUGACCUUGCUGGUCACCUCGCCCAGGCUGUUGACCCCAAUGUCACUGCCUGGAUCCUCUGGGCUCUGGGCGGCAAGAAGGGUCCCAUCCCCGGCUGUGUCCCCAAUCUCCUCAUCUCCAAGCGCGAGGACGUUCCGGCCAUUGAGGCCUAAACUCGAAGACCGUAGAGACUGUACACUCGUAGCAUGUAGAUUUCAAAAAUGCAAAGACAUUCGGCAA